AUGGCCCAAGACGCCCUCGAGGACCCCUUUAACCCCUCGACCGCACCCGACAACAAAUCCGACCUCGCCCCGCCCGCUCCGCUCGUCAAGGCCCACCGCCCGACCCUCACCACCCUCCUCUCGACCGCCGACCUCGACCACGCCAACCGCGACCAUGAGGCGCCCGACCUCGACCUCCCACUCGCCCCGCCCCUGAGCCACGACGUCCUCACGGGCCCACAUUGGGACGCGAGCGCCUUCCUCCUCGAGCGCCGACACACGCCCCUCGACGACCUGCGCUCCGAGCUGCGCGCCUACCUCGCCACCCUCCGCACCUCGCUCGUCGGCGUCAUCAACGAGGAGUACGAGGCCUUUAUCGGCCUCUCGCUCGGCCUCAAGCACGCCAACGUCGCCCAGUCGCUCGCCACCAUCCGCCGCCCCGUCCUCUCGAUCCGCGGCGAGGUGACGCGCGUCCGCGCUCAGCUCGACGACAUGCGCUCCGACAUGAGCCGCGUCCUCGACGAGCGCAAGGACGUCCGCGAGAGCAAGGCCAUGAUGAGGCGCCUCCUCUCGACCGAGGACGCCGUCGACAAGGUCGAGGGCCUGCUCCGGCUCGGCGACGGCUCCGACAAGGAACGCGCCAUCGACAUGUCGGUCGACUCGCCCGCCAAGCGGUUCGAGCGCGUCGCGAGCGAGUACACCCACAUGCGGUACCUUGUCGAGCGAGCAGGCGACCUGCCCUUUGUCCACUCUCUCCAACCUCGCAUCGACCGCACCACGGCGGCCCUCCACUCGGACCUGUCGUCGCUCCUGUCGUCCAUCCUCGCCGGCUCGCCCUCGGCGCCCUCGUACCGCGACGAGCUCACGACGGCCCUGCGCACGUUCGCGUCGCUCGGCCUCGUCGACCGGGCCGAGGACCUGAUCCGCACCGAGGUCGUGCGCCCGUUCACGCGCCGCGCCAUCCACCGCGACGCUCUUUCGACCUCGGCGGCGCCGGCGCCAGCAGCAGGAGGGGCAGCACCGGCGUCGCACGCGGCGCACGUCCCGGUCCCGUACCGCUUCGAGCCGCUGCCGGUCCCGAGCCCGGCCGACGCCUCGUCGUCGUCGUCGUCGUCGACGGCGGCUGGCGCGCCGCAGCUCGCCGCGCUGUACAACCGCGUCCUCGGCUUUGUCUCGACCGAGUGCGGCGUCGUGCUCGACGUCGCAGAGCGCGUGCUCGCCGACGUCGCCGUGCCCGACCCGGCGACUUCGGGGUCGGGGUCGGGAGAGGCGGCGGGAGGCGCAGAGGGGGAGGACGAGGCGCAGGACGACGAGCGCGUGCAUGGGUUCGAGGUGCUCGCCAACGUCGUCGUCGACGAGGUCGCGACAGCGUUGAUGGGCGAGCUGGGCAGCGUCGUGUUCGCGGCGGGCCGGCCGGCCGUGUUCCACCAGAACUACCUCCUCACGACGGCCCUCAUCUCGCGCCUCGAGUCGCUCUCGCCCACCCUCCCUCGCCUCGCCUCGCUGCGCGCACACCCGUCCCUCGUCGCCCUCCUCAAGCGGUUCCAGCUCCCCGUCUACUUCCAGCUGCGCCUCAAGGACGCCGUCACGCACGUCGAGCGCGCGUUCGACGUCGGGAGCGCGAGCGGCGGUGGCGCCGACGGGUGGGUCAUGAGCGAGAGCGAGGCCGUGUGUAGGGCUGUCGCAAGGUGCUGGGACGACGAGGUGUGGCUCGAGGAGCUGUCGGGCAGGUUCUGGAGGUUGACGCUGCAGAUCAUCAGCCGGUACCGCACGUGGCUCAACGACAACGUGCCGCGCUACGUCCUCCCGUCGAGCCCGUCAAACGCCAACCUGUCCGGCCUCGAGGGCGACCGCAGUCGGCUCGCUCCUUCGGCCAGCAGUACUCGCCCGGGCACGCCGAGCAGCACGCCCGUCGCCGGGACCGACGACGUGUCGGAGGAGACGACGCUGCGGCAGCUCACGGUGCUUGUCGCCGACGCCGUCACGAUGGAGCGCCGCAUCAUGGAGCUGUUCGAGACGAGGAUCCGCGCCAAGCUUCCUGAUGGUGACCAGGCCGACGCUGCAGACGUCAUGCGCGAGUCACUCUCGGCCCUCACGUCGCUCGUGCCGUCCCUCUCGUCGCAGAUCACGACGAUCCUCAUCAAGCGCUCGGUCGAGCCGCUCAAGCUCGUGCGCUCGGUCGCGAGCCAGGUCCGCGCGUCGACCCGCAAAGGCCCGAGCGAGCCGAGCUACUUUGUGCACUCGAUCCUCAAGGAGCUGAGGGCGUACGCGGGCGGGCCGGGCAGGGUCGUCGACGACGAGACGAGGAGGAAAUGGGCGACGGUCGUCGUCGAGGACAUUGCUGGGCGCUACGCCGCCAUCCUCUCGACGCAGAAGAAGACCGAGGACUCGCUGCGGUGGCUCAAGAAGGGCCGCCAAGGGCUCAGCUUUUUCGGUCGCGCCGCGUCGAGCGCACCGGCCGACGACGGGCCUUCGGACGACGAGCGCGUCAAGGCCCAGAUGCAGCUCGACGUCGAGGCGCUCGCGCGCGACGCGGUCGCGCUCGGGGUCGACGUCGACGAGAGCGACGCGUUCCAGGCGCUCAGGAGGGCGACGGUCGGCGGCGAGGGCAAGGACGAGGGCAAGUAG